GGUGGCACGACACGACCGCGUUGAAUACUUCAGACAGAUUUGUUAAACAAGAAAGGAUCUGCCAAGUUAGAUCCUAACUAUGGCAUCUAAUAAGCAUUUCGAUAAAAGUCCAUCAAAUCUAUCAAACAACUCUGAUAUUCAGGAGCCUGGAAGGCCAUCUGUUCCUCAGUCAGUUAAAUUUGGUCGAAGAACUUCCUCGGGUCGCUAUAUUAGUUACUCCAGGGACGAUCUUGAUAGCGAGUUGGGCAGUCAAGAUUUCAUGAGCUAUACAGUUCAGAUUCCUCCAACUCCAGAUAACCAGCCGAUGGACCCUUCUAUUUCUCAGAAAGUUGAGGAGCAAUAUGUCUCUAACUCGAUGUUCACUGGCGGGUUUAACAGCACCACCAGGGCUCACCUUAUGGACAAAGUGAUUGAGACAAAGACUAACCAUCCACAAAUGGCUGGCGCUAAAGGAUCUUCUUGCGCCAUCCCUGGCUGCGAUGCUAAGGUUAUGAGCGAUGAGAGAGGUCAAGAUCUUCUUCCCUGUGAAUGUGACUUUAAAAUUUGUAGGGAUUGCUUCAUAGAUGCUGUCAAAACCGGCGGUGGGAUUUGCCCCGGGUGUAAAGAACCGUACAAGAACACGCAUUUGACCGAUCAGGUUGAUGAUAACGGUCAGCAAAGGCCUAUGCUGCCUGGCGGUGGCGGGUCGAAGAUGGAGAGAAGAUUGUCGUUGAUGAAGUCAACUAAUAAAUCAGCUUUGAUGAGGAGUCAGACUGGAGAUUUUGAUCACAAUAGGUGGUUAUUUGAGACGACUGGAACUUAUGGUUAUGGGAAUGCUUUUUGGACAAAAGACGGGAAUUUCGGGAGCGGUAAGGAUGGAGAUGGAGAUGGUGACGGUAUGGAGGCGCAAGAUUUGAUGAGCAAACCGUGGAGACCGCUUACUCGGAAGCUGAAAAUUCCUGCUGGUGUUAUUAGUCCAUACAGGCUUUUGAUAUUUAUCCGUAUAGUUGUUCUUGCAUUGUUCUUGACUUGGAGGAUUAAACAUCAAAACCCAGACGCUAUAUGGUUAUGGGGAAUGUCUGUGGUUUGUGAGCUUUGGUUUGCCUUGUCUUGGCUUCUUGAUCAGCUCCCUAAGCUAUGCCCGAUUAACCGUGCGACCGAUCUUCAAGUCUUGAAGGAAAAGUUUGAAACACCGACAGCCAGCAAUCCAACCGGGAAAUCCGACCUUCCUGGAUUCGAUGUGUUUGUCUCUACUGCGGAUCCCGAGAAAGAACCUCCUCUGGUCACUGCUAAUACCAUUUUAUCGAUUCUAGCUGCGGAAUAUCCGGUUGAGAAGCUUUCUUGCUAUGUGUCUGAUGAUGGAGGGGCGCUUCUUACGUUUGAAGCAAUGGCUGAAGCUGCGAGCUUUGCAAACAUUUGGGUUCCUUUUUGUCGUAAACAUGCGAUAGAGCCGAGGAAUCCAGACUCCUACUUUAGCUUAAAGAGAGAUCCUUACAAGAACAAAGUGAAGUCUGAUUUCGUGAAGGACCGAAGACGGGUUAAGCGUGAGUUUGACGAGUUCAAAGUCAGGGUUAACAGCUUGCCUGAUUCGAUCAGGCGACGUUCUGAUGCUUAUCAUGCCAGAGAAGAAAUUAAAGCCAUGAAGAUGCAGAGGCAGAACAGGGACGAUGAGAUUUUAGAGCCUGUGAAGAUUCCGAAAGCUACAUGGAUGGCUGAUGGUACUCACUGGCCUGGAACUUGGUUGACCUCUGCCAGUGAUCAUGCCAAAGGCGACCACGCCGGUAUCAUUCAGGUGAUGUUGAAGCCACCGAGUGAUGAGCCGUUACACGGAGUGUCCGAAGGGUUUCUUGAUCUAACUGAUAUGAUGAUGGAUCAUGUUAGGACAAAGAUCGACUAAAUAUAGUUUGAACGAGUGCAGGAACUUAGUUUCUCUCGUUGUCUUUUUUUUGGUUCUCUGUUGUAUCAUUUGUUUAUGACAUGGAUGUUUUUUUGCUCAUGACAUUUGUUCUUCUUUUUAUGUAACCUUUGAUUAAUGGUGGAACUAGACAGUCUGCUACUACUAAAAUUGUAUAGUUAAA